AUGCAAGACAAUGUUGAUUUUAACCAACCAUGUGAAGACAUGGAGGUCUCUGCUUCGUGUAAGGAAGUUGUCCCCAAAGCGGCCAAGACUUCGUAUAAAGAUACGCUCCUCACAAUGGCGGGUUCCUCCAGAGGUGAAGACCUUAUUGAUAUGGAAGAGAUUAGUGAAGACAUCCCUAAUCCAAAAGACAGAUGGUACCAGGAUUCCGAGAGGGAGAAUCAGGAAGAAAGGCCAUUCGACCCUUGCCCUGCCAUUCCGAUUUCUAAGGAAGAUUUUGAUGAGUGGUGCAAGCCAUGGCGCUCCGCCCUGUUUGUGAAACUCUUGGGGAAAAGAGUGGGGUUCAGUUUCAUGGAACAGCGUCUCCGACGUGAUUGGGGUAAGAAAGGUUCCAUUAAUGUUAUUGAUAUGGAUCGUGAUUAUUUCUUGGUUCAUUUUACAGAUGAGGACGACUACUCUUACGCUCUAACGGAAGGACCAUGGAUGAUAGUUGGACAUUAUCUCAUUGUACAAAGAUGGCGACCGUUUUUCCUAGAAUCUGAAAAAGCAGUGAGGAAAAUUGCGACUUGGAUACGGAUUCCAAACCUCCUGAUUGAACUAUAUAAUCACAAAUUUCUAUGGAGGGUCGGCUCGACGAUCAGACAUAUGCUAAAGAUUGAUAGGACCACCUCUAUUCAUUCUAGAGUCCAAUUUGCACAAAUCUGCAUGGAGAUCGAUCUUGCACGAAAACUUGUUCCCAAAAUCUCUAUUUUUGGCUCAGAGUUGAAUAUUGAAUAUGAGGGCCUAUAUCAGAUAUGCUUUACUUACGGUAAAUAUGGACAUCGUUCUGAUAUAUGUCAAGAAGCUCUGGUAAAGAAACCAGCAAACAAUGAAUAG